AUGGCUCUCGCGUCCUACAAUCUCGCGUCGAUAAAUAUCGGAACCAUCACGAACCAAACAAAACUGAACGCACUCCGAACCUUCAUCAGCAGCCAAAGUCUCGAUAUCGUGUGUCUGCAGGAAGUCGAGAACGAACAGCUUUCCUUGCCUGGCUUUAUCGUUUUCGCGAACGUGGACCACACGAGGAGAGGCACAGCUGUUGCAGUGAAGGAUCACAUCCACGUCUCUCACGUCGAGAAGAGUUUGGACAGCCGGUUGAUCGCGCUGAGACUGCACGACACGACCAUCUGUAAUGUUUACGCUCCCUCCGGCACUGCGCAGCGAGCGGCCAGAGAAGAUUUCUUCAAUGGCACGCUGGCCUACUACCUCCGUCACCGCACCGCAAACGUCAUCAUCGCUGGCGAUUUCAAUUGCGUACUGCGCGCAUGCGAUUCGUCCAGCCCGAACACAAGCCCGUCCCUCAAAACAGCCGUCCAACAAUUGCAGCUGCAUGACGUGUGGGAAAAGUUGUGCCCGCGAGAUCCCGGGUUCACGUACAUCAACCGGAACGCACAAUCCCGAUUAGAUCGCAUGUACGUAAGCGCUGGUCUGCGGAAUAAUCUGCAGUCCGCCUACACGCACGUCUGCUGCUUCACAGACCAUAAAGCGCUGACGCGCAGAAACUACGGGUCGUGGAUGGAAUGGUGGCUGUCGUACGCUAAGCCCAAAAUCAAAACGUUCUUUAAGUGGAAAUCUCGUUCCAUUUUCGAGGAUUUCCACGAUGCGCACCAGCGUCUCUAUGCGCAACUAAGGCUAGCGUACGAUGGGUACUAUCAACAUCCCGAAAUGUUGACCACCAUAAACCGUUUGAAAGCUGGGGGAAAGACGACGGAAAAAACAACCAUUACGCAGCUGCAAACGGCUGACAACGAGGUAGCUGAUGAGCCCCAUGAAAUCGAAGCAAAUCUGUUCGCCUUUUUCUCGAGCCUCUACACGGAAGAAGCGGCAGACAACAACGAGGAUGGGUUUGUUUGUGAGCGAAUAAUACCACCAGACGAUCCACUGAAUGAAGCAUGUACGGAAGAGAUCACAACAGCGGAAAUUUUGUCUGCUAUUAGAGCGAGCGCACCGAAACGAUCUCCCGGAGCUGACGGUAUCCCACGAGAGUUCUACCUUCGUAUGUUCAACGUCAUCCAUCGUGAACUGAACCUUCUUCUUAAUGAAGCACUCACCGGCAAUCUCCCGCAUGCCUUUGUGGAGGGUAUCAUUGUGCUGGUAAAAAAGAAGGUGGAGAAAAUACGGCCCGAGCAACGCGUCAUGCAAGCUCACCGUAUUUUGAGCGCCGGACAGAAAUGUUCAAACGCAGAGCGCAACAUCUUCCAGGCCACUCUUGCUCUGAAAGAUCGGAUAGCUAGCCUCCGUCACCACCGUCGCCCCGGUAAGCUCAUCAGUUUUGAUCUCGAGAACGCCUUCGAUCGGGUUCGGCAUUCGUUUCUCUUCGACACCAUGCGGUCGCUCGGAUUCAACGAGGAACUCAUUGCUCUUCUCGCACGGAUUGCCAGCCGGUCCACUUCCCGGCUACUUGUGAAUGGGCACCUCUCUCGUUCGUUCGAUAUUUCUCGUUCGGUGCGGCAAGGCGACCCUUUGUCCAUGCACCUCUUCGUCCUUUACCUUCAUCCACUGGUGUGCCGGCUCGAACAAGUGUGUGGGGAAGAUUUGCUUGUUGCGUACGCCGACGACAUCAGCGUGAUCGUAACGUCACCGUGGCAGAUCGAGGCGAUGAGGGAAGUUUUCGUCGUUUUGGUCUUGCCGCCGGAGCGCAACUGA